AUGUAUAGUAUGAGUCGAGGAGAGGGACAGGUCCUCCCCUGUCAGAUCUGUGAGGAAGAACCCCCCUCCCCAGCCGUGAAGCUCUGUGUUCAGUGUAAUGUGAAGUACUGCGAGACGUGCCUGUCUAACUACCAUCCGAGGAAAGGUGUUUUUGCCAGACAUCAGCUUGUGGAACCAACAGCUGAGAAGAAAACCGUCAUGUGUUCUGAACAUGAUGAUGAGAAGGUAAACCUGGUCUGCAUGGUGUGUGAAGUUCCGAUCUGCCAUCUCUGUAAGUUGGUAGGAGAACAUAAGGAACAUGACGUGGCAGCACUAUCCACACAGUACAAUGUCAAAAAGGAGCACCUCGGCAGUAAUGUGUUGAAGCUGAAGUCAUGGAUGUCAAGUCUGGAAACAUUCAUCAACGACUUGGAUAAAAUGAAACAGCAAGUAAAGAACGGAGGAGAGCAGAUGAGAGUGAAAAUCAACAGCGCCAUGGACGAGCUGGUCAGCAUCCUUCAAGAGAGACGUGAUGUCAUGCUUGAGAAGAGUCGGGACAUGGAGAAGGAGAAGAUGGACAGGUUAGAACAGGAAGACACCAAGAGAAAGGACGAACUCAAGACGUGUAAGGCCGUCACGUCAUAUGCAGAUGAGGUCGCUAAGGAAACGGAUCAAGCCUGCUUCUUACAGGCUGUUAAAGCUACAAAUGACAGGGUAACCAAGACUACACCGACUAAGGGUCAUCUUAAACUACCAUGUGAUGGAGAAUUUCCGUCUCCAGAUUUCAGCAGUGUUGCGGAGGUCCUGAAGAAGCUGUGUGUGACUCAAGCUCCAGGUCAGUCAAAAUUUCUGGACCACACCAUAGACGGCACUAACAUUGUCCUUUCCUGGGAAGAUGUCAAAAGUGCAAACGUAUUCGUUGGACCAAUCCCUCGGCAUGAACUACAGUGGCAGAAAGAAGACUUCAAAGAAGAUGAUGGAGACAAGUGGGUUACUGUGUCUGACAUUCAGGAAUCCCGGUAUAACUUGGCUCUACCAAAAGAGUCGUGCGCGGUUGUGUGUCAAGUGCGAGGCUUUCGUGGAUCGGCCGUGAGCAGAGUGUACGGUCCUUGGAGUGAACCACUGCGCCUGAAGAUCGAUUGUCUGAAGCAGAUCACAACCAAUGAUUGCAACAUAUCAGUGUCAUCGACAUAUUCUAAUACAACCAGUUCACAUCUUUUGGAUGGGAGGGAUGAUACUUGCUGGUGCAGUGAUCAAGAGGGAGGAAAGCACUGGAUCAGGUUAGAAAUGAAAAAGAACAUAAGCUCUGUGCAAAGCCUGGCUCUGAAACUUGUUCCCAAGCAAGCUGGUCAUUUAUGGGACGCGUCCUGUAGACCUCCACAUGUGGCUGUUUAUGGUGGAAACAGCUUAGGAGAUCUUAGUCUUGUUUGGGAGGUCAACAUAGGCGACAAUGACGAUGAUGUUACCCUGCUGCGGAACCUGGACAAGGUUUAUCGGUGUUUUGAACUUAAGAUCGAUCAAGCCAAGGGCACACGGUCUUAUCGCGGAGGUCCACGUUACAUUGUGUGCCAGUUGAAAGCUUCUGGGAUAGUUGUCACUAAAAUGUAA